CGAGAUUAGGGGCUGCAGCGGGGGCCAAUCUCCGCCAGCUCGCCUUUUCCCGGCGGCCCCUGCGGGCGCGGUGGGUGUUGUACACAAUCAUCAUGGCGGCGGCCGGGGCCCCGGAUGGCAUGGAGGAGCCUGGCAUGGACACGGAGGCCGAGACCGUGGCGGCCGAGGCGCCCGCGCGGCCCCUCAACUGCAUGGAGGCCGAAGCCGCGGCGGGGGCGGCGGCCGAGGACGUCUGUGCGGCGCGAGGCAACCUGCAGCCGGCCCCGGCCCAGCCCCCUGGGGACCCCGCGGGCCGGGCUUCGGUCAGCAAUGGCGAGGACGCGGGCGGCGGCAGCGCGGGCAGGGAGCUGGUGGACCUGAAAAUCAUCUGGAACAAGACUAAGCACGACGUGAAGUUCCCUCUGGACAGUACAGGCUCCGAGCUGAAACAGAAGAUUCACUCGAUUACAGGUCUCCCGCCGGCCAUGCAGAAAGUCAUGUAUAAGGGACUUGUCCCUGAGGAUAAGACGUUGAGGGAAAUAAAGGUGACCAGCGGAGCCAAGAUCAUGGUGGUUGGCUCCACAAUAAAUGAUGUUUUAGCAGUAAACACACCCAAAGACUCUGCGCAACAGGAUGCCAAGGCCGAAGAAAACAAGAAGGAGCCGCUGUGCAGGCAGAAACAACACAGGAAAGUAUUGGAUAAAGGGAAACCCGAAGACGUGAUGCCGUCUGUUAAGGGGGCCCAGGAGCGACUGCCCACGGUCCCCUUGUCUGGCAUGUACAAUAAGUCUGGAGGAAAAGUGAGACUCACCUUUAAGCUAGAGCAAGACCAGCUGUGGAUCGGCACUAAAGAGCGGACUGAGAAGUUACCCAUGGGCUCCAUUAAAAAUGUGGUCAGUGAACCCAUUGAAGGACAUGAGGACUACCACAUGAUGGCAUUUCAGUUGGGCCCCACGGAAGCCUCUUACUACUGGGUGUACUGGGUUCCAACUCAAUAUGUGGAUGCAAUCAAAGACACUGUGCUGGGGAAGUGGCAGUAUUUUUGAAAGCACUUUCACCUCUGGCCCAGGAGACUGACCCAAAGUGAAGGACAUUGCUGGGAGAGGCCUGCAGCAUCCCUGGAUUUCAGAGUUCUGGAACUUUGUUCACAAACAGUUAUAUCCAGUCUAAGGUGAUGUGGUGACUGAAGCCAGAGGUGAUGUUCUUUCACCCUUAGCUUAAUUUUAACUUAAAAUCACCGGUUCCCGUUCUUGCAGUCAGCUUCGUACCAUUUUCAAGUCAGUGCAGUGGAAAUCAAUAAAUUUGAAUUCCGAACGUGUUGUGUGGAAUACUCUUACAUGUGUUCGAGAGUAGGUCUGCCAAGGUUGUGUUUAGAAAGGAAUGGUGAAAAGCUUUCUGCUUUUUUAAAAAGUGAUUUCAACUGAAAUACUUUCAUAAAUCUUUGGUUGCAAACAUUCGGACUGUGUUAUGAUGAGUUGGGGGUGUUUUUUCUUUCUUUUUCAUAUAAAAUUUUAUGCAAAGUGGGAGGGUUGGUAAGCCAUAUUUUUCUGUCCAUUAAUUCAGAUUUACUUCUUUCCUUUUUUUUAUUUUCUCACUUCCUAGAUUUGAGUUUUUGUUUUGAAAACCCAAAGAUGUCAGUUCCUCCUUUUGUACCUCAUCACUGCUUCCUUCCCUGGCCUUCCUCCGGCCGUGCUGCUGCUCGCCAAGGCGCAUGGGAGGGAUGCGCUGUGUCUUGGUCAGGGCGCUCUCACGCGUGCUGUGGUGUCUGAGCAGCGGAGUGUCUCACAGUGACUCUUGUCCACGUGUCUUGCCCUCUGGGCGCCGAUCUCUGGGGCGGCCUACUGCACAUUGACGGUUGUCUGCAGCCCUCUCUGAGUUGGUUUUGACGCCCAGCCUGGCAUGGAUGUGCCUGGCUGUGCUGCUCCAGAAGUCAUGGAUCCCUGGCUGGCAGGGCCUCUCUGAGGGGGCGCCAGAUGGAGGACAGUUUAUACAGCCAUGUAGCCACAGGCCCACUUUGGAAAUUUCAAGAAAUUCUUAAGCAGUCCAAUGGUUAUUUCAGUUAUGGUUCUCUAUUUGUUCCUUCUGCUCAUGUGUUGUGUUCAAGUGUUCUUCAUCCCUGGUUCAGCGAUGCUGCCGUUCUCAGUAAGAAGACGUCUGACCUUGUGGGUUGGUGAUGUGUUGUAACAUCAAAAAUGGGAUAACUUGCUUUUGUGGUUAGCUCACUCUCUUCUGGUUUUAGCCCUUACGUUCUCUGUACACGUGAACCUUGUUGUCCCCUUGUGGCUUGGUUGGCUCUGAAGUGAGGGAGAGUCUUGGUGAGUGGCCUCGUGUGCUGUGUGCUGUUUCUCUGCUGCCGUCCCUGCAGUCCUCCUCCCGCUGGCUGCAGGCUCUCGUAGCAAGGCUUGGACAGAGCGUUUCCAAACUUGGCAUCUGGGUUCCAGGCUGCUCCUGCUUCUGUGAAAUGUAUUAGCUUGUGUGAGCCAGUUAAUGACGAUCUGCACCCUUCCCUCCAAAAUGUAGUUCAGGAACCCAGCUGGUCCAGACAGACUCGUGCUUCUCAUGGUGCAGUUAUGCAUCUGGGCAGGAAGAGCUGCUCUUGUUUUGGGGGGCAUAGGUACACCUGUGAAGUAAGUGUGGCAUCCACGAGGUUGCCCAUUGCGCCCCUUGAAGGAGGAGCAGUGACUGCCUGUGGCCCCUGCAGAAAGUGCUUCUCUGCAGCAGCCCCGUCCUGGAGACGUGUCCCGACAGUGUCACACACCUGGUGUUCUCUGGAGGCAGGUGUCUUCGUCCCCAGGCUGGCCUCGCACUGCUGCUCUCGGAGCCCUUCCCGCCAGCUCUCCGCAUUCGCCCUGUUUGGCCGCCGUGCCAUCUGACGCCCCUUCCCCCGGUGAGAGCGUGUGUCCCAUCGUCCCCCUGCUCCCAAAGAGCCAAACUGCUUCUCACGCAGGCUGGUGUCGUUUCAACAUAGGACCAAAGCCUGGGUGAGCCUUUUUAUUUUAAGUAAAAUGGUGCUUUUUUCCUUACUUCGAGAUACUAUAUAUAAAUAAUAACGUAAAUGACAUCUUUUCAUAUGGAGCUGUGUGAUGGGGCUCACUGAAUCUGCUAGAACAAUCAUGGAGAUCUUGCUGGAAGCCCUCAGAGAGCAGAGGUGGGUGUACCAGGAGCCCCUGGAAGAGAUGUUUGAUUUAGAUCUGAGUCUGUGUCCCAGCAGUAUUCACUGUCUUGUCACUGAGUCCGUGAGCAGUCUUCAUUUUUUGUCUUACAGUCCAGAGUGUACCGAGACAGUCUGUGUCAGCAAGCUGAGCGCCUCUCUCUGUAGGUACAUCGCAGUGUUGCUGUCAUCAGGAUGACUUUCUGUGCAGUUCCUUCACUGUCUGAGGGGACCAGCUCUUUCUCUGGGGUGUGCCUGUCCCUCACGAUGGCACAGGGCAUGUGAGUGGACCGGGGCUGCACCAUGCAGGAGCAGGCGGGCCUGGCCUCAAGUCCUGCCUUCCCUGAGCCUCCCGCAGUCUGCUCACAGGGCCUUGCCUGCCUUCCUUCCCUUCCUGCGGCCACUUGACAGUGAUGACAAAUGAUCCCCGCUGAGGAGGGCUCGGUGCACAGUCAGCCUGUUCACAGAACUGAGACUUUAGAGUUUCUGAACUCUUUGGUGUUAAGUAUUUUAAUUGCUGAUGGGCCUUCUGCAAGUAGUAUUAGCUCUUCUUGUGAGGCUGAACUGAGCUGAGGUGUCCUUUCUGAUCACUCAUGGGCUCAGGAGUCGUCUUAGUUGCUGCUUUACUUUCUAAGGGCCAGAGGGACGAACUGCCACGUUGCCACGGCUCUGAAAAUGUGUCAUAUUUCAGCCAGAAGGGGCUGGCUUUCCCUCCUCUUACUUAACCAUGUGCCUGGAAGAGCUGUCCCGGGCUCUUGUUUUGGGCUCACUCUUUCUGUGCCAGGGGCAGGGAGGGCAGGGGUCGACCCUGUGCCACGGGCCAUGCGAGGGCCGGCCUUUCCAGCCCAUCUUCUGAGGAGCCCUCUCCCUUGCUCCUUGCUUCUGUUCUGUCUGUUGUCUUGGGAAAGGAUGGUCCCUUUGUUUUAAGGCUUUGUGACAAUGUUAUCUCUAGUUAGCAUUGGCGCCUAUUUUCUUCUUAGUAGGGCCUGGUGGCCUCUCUGAAGUUACAGGUGGCCAGGAGCCCUCUGG